GCGUCAGUCCCUGGUCGUCCGCUCUCGCGACGAGUUCGCCGCCAUCCGUGCGGCCAUGUGGUUUCUGUCCUCUCCGCCCCCCGAGUUCGAAUUCGUUACCCUUUCCAUGCAAGUACAUAGUGCAGACAGAUACAAGAGCGGAAUCUCGCGCGUACCAUUCCGCUGAGGCGAGGUUGGACCCCCUUAUCCCCCGUCUUCCCCUCCCCUCUUCCAAGCUGCGGUGCUUGGGUUGCACUGCGUGAAAAGUCGAGGAUAUAUAUAACACGAAUCCUCGGUUGUCUGCUUUUUAAUUCCGACUUUCCUUGUGUUUUCUCUAGUUCGUGUCACUUAUCGAUCUCUCCUUAAUCAUACAUACACACAUACUUACAUAGAGCAUAAGGACCGGGAUCCACCGCAAACCAUGGGUAUAUACCACAAGCUGGCGGAUGGCAUCGACGAGGUGGACGUAAUCAUCGCGGGAGGCGGCACCGCAGCAUGCGUCGUCGCCGGGCGUCUCGCGGCCUCGGACCCGGACCUCUCGAUCCUCGUCAUCGAGGGCGGCACCAACAACCGCGACGUGCCCAACGUCGUUCACCCGGCCUUCUUCCUCGAGCACCUCGCCCCCGAGAGCAAGACGGCCAUUUUCUACCAGGGGAACAAGUCCGACAAGCUCGCCGGCCGCAGUCCCAUCGUCCCGGCCGGGGGAAUCCUCGGCGGCGGUUCCUCGAUUAACUUUAUGCUCUACACCCGCGCCCAAAAGUCCGACUUCGACUCCUGGCGCACGCCGGGUUGGUCCGCCGCCGACCUGCGGCCGUACCUCAACCGCUUUGAGACGUACCACGGCAACGGCGACGCCGCCCACCACGGCUCCUCCGGCCCCGUCCACAUCUCGUCCGGCGGCUUCCGCGUCACCGCCGCCGAGGACGACAUCCUCGCCGCCGCGAGACAGACGGGCUACCCCGAGAUCCGCGACCUGCAGAACCUCGAGGCCAACAACGGCUACGAGCGCUGGAUGCGCUACGUCUCGCCCGACGGCCGCCGCCAGGACGCCGCGCACACCUUCCUGCACCCGCUGCUCGAGGACGGCCGGCACCCCAACCUCCACGUGCUCGUCGAGUCCAAGGUCAUCCGCGUGCUGUUCGACGACCGUAAGCGCGCCGUCGGAGUCGAGUACACCCCCAACCCGGACUACCAGGCCGUCCUGAACACGACCAAGCAGCCCGUCCGCCGCGUGCGCGCCAGGAAAAUGGUCGUCGUCUCGUGCGGCGCCUGCGGCACCCCGGGCGUCCUCGAGCGGUCCGGCCUCGGCGACAAGAGAGUCCUCGACAAGGCCGGCGUGCCCGUCGUCGCGGACCUGCCCGGCGUCGGACACAGCUACCAGGACCACAACCUCGUGCUCAUACCCUACAAGACGGCCCUCAAGCCGAACGAGACGCUCGACGACAUCUUCAGCGGCCGCAUCAGCCGCGAGGACGCCAUAGCCGGCAAGCACGAGAUGCUCGGCUGGAACGGCGUAGACAUCGUCAGCAAGAUCCGCCCGUCGGACGAGGAAGUCAAGGCUCUGGGUCCCGAGUUUCAGAAGGCGUGGGAUAGGGACUUCAAGAACGACCCCAACAGGCCCGUCAUGCUCAGCGGGUUUCUACACGCAUACCUCGGAGACCACGCCGCUAUCCCCCAGGGCCAGUACACCACCGUCGCCAACUACACAGCCUACCCUUACUCCCGCGGUAGCAUCCACAUCACCGGCCCCUCGCUCGCGGACCCUCUCGACUUCGAGACGGGCUUCUUCAGCGACCCGCACGACCUCGACCUCAAGAAGCAGGUCUGGGCCUACAAGCACUCGCGCGAGGUCGCCCGCCGCACCGCCCUCUACCGCGGCGAGGUCGCCGGCGGCCACCCGUCCUUCCCCGCGGGUUCCAAGGCCGCGCUUGUCGACGAUGUCGCGCCCGACGCGCACAAGAGCGUGACAGCGCCGCUCGAGUACUCCAGGGAGGACGACGAGGCCAUCGAGCAAUUCCUGCGCGAGAACAUCAACACGACGUGGCACUCCCUCGGGACCGCCAAGAUGGCGCCGCGCGCCGACCUGGGCGUCGUCGACUCGUCGCUCAGCGUCUACGGCGUCGAGGGGCUCAAGGUCGUCGAUCUGAGCAUCGUGCCGGAGAACGUGGGCGCCAACACCAACAACACGGCCUUCGUGGUGGGCGAGAAGGCGGCGGAUAUCAUUGCCAAGGAUUUGGGCAUCAACAUUCCCCCGAAGCUGUAGAUAUGUCAGAUGGGGUUUCUAGUAUUAUUUUAGUAUCCUCGUUCGGGAUAGAGCCGGCGUCUGAGGACAUAGUAUGCAUCAUGGGAGUAGGUAGCCCUCUUGGAGUCACGACAUUUAACGACGAGACGCACCUCUAUUUUACAGCAAGACUCGCAUUGGAGAUAGAACAAGGCUGUUUUGUGACGAGAUCAUAUUAAUCAGUAACUAUACAUAAGACGUACU